AGCACCACGGACAGCAGCUCCGGGUCUCUCUCGCGCCGCAUCGCCACGGACUCGCAGCCUCCCGAUAGCGCGUGACACAUUUAUCUUCUUCUUGCAGGAAAUAAGGCGUGAAAUAGCAUGCCUUUUGCUUGGGUGGGCCGGAAAGCCCGGUUAAUGGGAAGGAGGUGAGGCAAAAGGCUGAAAGAUAAAGGUAGCUUCAAUGAAGCAAAGCAUCUCUCACCGUGCAGCCGAGACGCGCAGAGACCCAGUGACCGGGUGCAUUCCGCCGCAGUGAGCAUGAACCUCCUCGCGCCAGGGAUUUUCCACUUCUGAGCAGUGUGUCCACGGUGCUUCCCAUACCGAUCCGUACAGCACAGCACAGCACAGCACUACCUGAGCAGGAGACCAGGGUUCUUCACCACCAUGCGCUUCUUUGUGCUCUCGUUUCUGCUCUCGUGCUCCUGCACCCUGGGCGGCUGCGAGACCAAAAUCGUCAACAUCGGCGCGGUGCUGAGCCAAAAGCGCUACGAGCAGGUGUUCAAGGAUGCGGUGAACCAGGCCAGCAUGGUGUACGGCAGAGACAGGUUCAGACUCAACGCCAUCUCCGUCACGCACAAAGCCAACGCUAUUCAGAUGGCCCUGUCCGUGUGUGAGGACCUCAUCUCCAGCCAGGUCUAUGCGAUUUUGGUGAGCCACCCUCCACAGUCCAGUGACCACCUCACACCUACACCGGUCUCCUAUACUGCAGGCUUCUACCGUAUCCCUGUAGUCGGCCUUACAACCAGAAUGUCCAUCUAUUCUGAUAAGAGUAUCCAUCUUUCCUUCCUGCGCACAGUGCCGCCUUACUCGCACCAGGCACACGUGUGGUUCGACAUGAUGCGUGAGUUCCGCUGGAACCACAUCAUCCUGAUCGUAAGCGACGAUCACGAAGGUCGAGCCGCACAGAAGAGACUCGAGACCCUCUUGGAGGAAAGGGAGACCAAGAAUAAAAAAAGGAACUAUGAAAACCUCGACCAACUGUCCUAUGACAACAAGCGAGGACCUAAGGCAGAGAAAGUCCUCCAGUUCAACCAAGAGACUAACUUAACUGCCCUGUUGCUGGAGGCCAAAGAGCUGGAGGCUCGUGUGAUCAUUCUGUCCGCCAGUGAAGAUGACGCUGCCGCCGUCUACAAGACCGCUCGGUUUCUCAACAUGACCGGCUCCGGCUACGUGUGGCUAGUCGGAGAGCGAGAGAUGUCUGGUAAAGCUCUGAGUGAAGCUCCUGAUGGGCUUAUUGGCCUUCAGCUCAUUAACGGCAAGAACGAGUCGGCGCACAUUAGCGAUGCAGUGGCAGUCGUGGCUCAGUCCAUCCAGGAGCUUUUCGAGAAGGAGAACAUCACUGAGCCCCCUCGGGGUUGUGUGGGCAACACCAACAUCUGGAAGACUGGGCCACUUUUUAAAAGGGUUCUGAUGUCAUCUAAAUACCCAGAGGGCCUGACAGGACGAGUGGAGUUUAAUGAUGAUGGCGACAGGAAGUACGCUCAUUACAGCAUCCUUAACUACCAGAAGAGCAGGCUGAUUCAAGUCGGAAUUUAUAAUGGAACUCAGGUGGUGCUAAACAAGCAGAGGAAGAUCAUCUGGCCUGGAGGAGAUACAGACAGGCCGAAAGGAUUCCAGAUGUCAACAUCGCUAAAAAUAGUCACGAUACAUCAGGAGCCUUUCGUGUACGUGAAGCCGACCAUGCUGGAUGGGACCUGCAAGGAAGAGUACACACCAAACGGUGUCUUAAUUAAAAAGGUGAUCUGCACUGGACCAAACGAGACCAUCCCAGGUCGCCCGACAGUGCCUCAGUGCUGUUACGGAUUCUGCGUCGAUCUACUGAUCAAGCUGGCCAUGACUAUGAAUUUUACUUAUGAGGUCCAUCUAGUGGCUGAUGGCAAAUUUGGAACACAGGAGAGGGUGAACAACAGCAACAAAAAGGAGUGGAACGGCAUGAUGGGCGAGCUCCUGGGCGGCCUUGCGGACAUGAUCGUGGCUCCAUUAACUAUAAACAACGAACGAGCUCAGUACAUUGAAUUUUCCAAACCGUUCAAAUAUCAGGGCCUAACCAUCCUCGUGAAAAAGGAAAUCCCUCGUAGUACACUGGACUCGUUCAUGCAGCCGUUCCAGAGCACGCUGUGGCUGCUGGUGGGUCUGUCGGUGCAUGUGGUGGCGGUGAUGCUUUACCUACUAGACCGGUUCAGCCCGUUUGGAAGGUUUAAAGUAAACAGUGAAGAAGAAGAAGAGGAUGCCCUCACCUUAUCUUCGGCGAUGUGGUUCUCCUGGGGAGUGUUGCUGAACUCUGGAAUUGGAGAAGGUGCCCCGCGUAGCUUCUCAGCGAGAAUCCUAGGCAUGGUGUGGGCCGGCUUCGCUAUGAUCAUUGUAGCAUCCUAUACUGCCAAUCUGGCUGCCUUCUUGGUGCUGGACCGGCCUGAGGAGCGCAUCACCGGCAUCAAUGACCCGAGGUUGAGGAACCCAUCAGACAAGUUUAUCUACGCCACAGUGAAACAAAGUUCGGUGGAUAUCUACUUCCGGCGCCAGGUCGAGCUGAGCACCAUGUACCGCCACAUGGAGAAGCACAACUACGAGAGCGCCGCUGAGGCCAUCCAGGCUGUCCGGGACAACAAGCUGCAUGCUUUCAUCUGGGACUCUGCGGUGCUGGAGUUUGAAGCCUCGCAGAAGUGCGACCUGGUGACCACGGGAGAGCUGUUUUUCCGUUCGGGCUUUGGCAUAGGCAUGCGCAAGGACAGCCCCUGGAAACAGAAUGUGUCCCUGGCUAUUCUCAGUUCCCAUGAGAAUGGCUUCAUGGAGGAUCUGGAUAAAACCUGGGUGAGAUACCAGGAGUGUGACUCAAGGAGCAAUGCCCCAGCCACACUCACCUUUGAAAACAUGGCAGGGGUCUUUAUGCUGGUUGCUGGAGGCAUUGCAGCAGGGAUCUUCCUCAUUUUUAUUGAGAUUGCAUACAAACGACACAAAGACGCCCGCAGGAAGCAGAUGCAGCUAGCCUUUGCGGCCGUCAACGUCUGGAGGAAGAACCUGCAGGACAAUAAGGAGAGUUCUGUGAGUGAAGUUGUGGGCGCAGCUGGGACUCCGUCUUUACCCUCUUCCUCUGUAGAGACUCAGGAUGAUAGGAAAAGUGGUAGAGCAGAGCCCGACCCCAAAAAGAAACCCUCUUUUAGGUCCAUCAGUACCACCCUGGCCUCCAGCAUCAAGAGACGUAGGUCCUCCAAAGACACGCAGUACCCACCAACAGACAUCACGGGCCAGCUCAACCUGUCUGACCCGUCUGUUAGCACCGUGGUGUGAGACGGAGAAAGAGGAAGUGGGGGAUCGUUCGUUCCUUAAACACAGACAUGGGGUGGGGGGAAUCAGCGUUCGUCCAGAAUUUGCCCUCAUCCCGAGGCACUUAUGAGCGUCUGCACCUUUGAUGAGGAGAAGAGAGAAGAGCUGAUCUUCUACAGAGAACAUUAAAGCCGAUAGAGCUACAUGACACUGGAUUUCUAAGAACACACACUUAUUCGCGUUCAAACCAGGACACAUGAUAAGAUCUCCUUAAAUCUUGCAACGAUUUCACAAUUUCACAAUCUUUUGAGUAUUUUUAUAUAAGUUGGUAUUGUGUAUGCUCUUACGUCCAUUAAGUGCUGUAUGAAUAUUUUAGGACAGAAAAAGAAACAAAGCAAUCAUAGUUAUUAUUAUUAUUAUUAGUAGUAUUAUUAUUAUGACUAUGUUUGUCCAGACCUCAUAUGUUUAUAAACCUAACUGUACUGAAUUUCAGGACAUUUCUGUUGAUCUGCCUUCGUCAGUAUCAGUUGCUUUCUCUCUUUCAAGUGUUGUCUAUUGUGUGAUUAAGAACGGUGUACGAGAGAGCAUGCAAAUACUAUCAGAGUAGUUCCAUUUAGUGCAUUGUGAAUAGUGUUAAUACUUGAAAUACUAUUUCUAACGAUAUAACAAUACUGUAUAUGGCACUUUACGAUGAUGACGAUGAUGACGAUAUGACCUUAUUUUAUGACCAAGUGUGCGAUUCUUGGUUUUGUACUCAAUACUGUUUGUAUACCUUAAAAAGCCAUGCGCUCUUUAGCAGUGAGCCAUUUGCAUGUUUAAAUGCAUGUGAAACUUCUUAGCCAUGUCACAAAAGAAAGCGCUCUCCUCUCCUUCCUCCCGCAAUACCAACGUUUUGCAUACUUUGCUGCUCAGCGAGUAUUAUGUACAGUACAUACCGUAUCAGGAGUGGCUUAAGAAAAUUAAGAAAACUUUUCUAUGUUGAAACGAAGAAGAAAAAAAAAACCCUCUUUCUCUGUCUCUGUGGUUGAAGUUCUUUCACGCUUUCUCAUCUCCAGUCUUUUUAAAGGGGUGCAUCAAACUGCCACGUUUUUUCAUCCAACCAUCACUUGGGGGUCUCAGGCAAAACCGUCUCUUGUGAGACCUUUUACAUGAGGAAAACCCCAAGUGAGUUGCUUUGUUUUUGACUCUGGUGCUGCAUUUCUUUUGUACACACCUAUUGGUUAGAUGUGAAAAAACAGGCCGUUUCCCUUCUUCUGGGGUUGAGAAACGUUUAUUGUUUUUUGGUCUCAAGUGAUCUGUGAUCUCUGACCUCUUAAUGAGGAAUUUUGAGCCAGCAAUGUGAAUUAUGUGAAGCAUUGUGAAGCUUCCUUUCAGAUCAAAUGAAUGCAGUAUAUGUGACGUCAACUGUCAUGAUUGUAAUAGAACCUUUUUUUUUUUUUUUUCCCUAUAAUGGCUAUUUUGGAUAAGAAAUAUUUGCCUUUUGGUGUUACAUUUGAUAAGGACUGGAUAUAAUUUUGAAGCUUAUCAUCUCUGACGGGUGAUGAUGAGCGCAUGCAUGUUUCCUUUCAUGUUAACUCUCUCUAAACCCAUAGUUUGUGUACUUAUAAUGACAACACACUAUUAUAUCUGCUUUCAGGUCUAAUGCAGUGUACAUACAUUUUGCAGUAGGCUGUAUUUUUUUGCUUUCUGGAGCACUUGAUAAGGAUGUGUUCGGUUUCCAGACAGCCUUUGAUAUUCUGUGAAGUAUGUAGACAAUUGACUCAUACACAUAGAAAUAAGCUUUAACACGCGUUCAUAGACAAACACUCACAUUAGAACGCAUUAUUAUUAUUAUUAUUAUUAUUAUUAUUAUUAUUUAUUUUGUUUUUGUUUUUUUAUAAAAAAUGCUUCAAUGUUUGCUUUUGAGUUAAGGCAAACCUUUUGUUAGUAUUAAGGAGUAU